UGCUUCACCUGAAAGCAACAAAAUCACUACACACAAACAUAUUUCAUCUGGAAAAAAAAAAUGUCGAUCCGUUUCAGCAAUUUCUUCCCUGCCGAUCGGAAGGAACGCUACUACGUUGAGGAUCGGUCCGGAAGCGAAAAGUGCCCUGAAGAUCGGAAAGAACGCUACCACGGCGAGGAUCGACGCACGUACGACAAACUCUUUGACGAUCGAAAAGAACGCUACUACAUUGAGGAUCGCCAUUCUUACGGACAAUUCCAUGAGAAAGACGUGGUCGCAGCCGAUCCGUUCCGAACUUCCAUAGCCUCAAAUUCCUCGGCCGUUAACGCUCAGAUUGACUGGAAGGAGACGGCUGAUGCACACGUGUUCAGGUUGGAUCUUCCCGGAGUGAAAAAGCACGAAGUGAAACUGGAGAUUGAAGAAAAUGGAGUUCUGUGUAUCAGCACUGAAAUUAGGGCUGAGAGAGAGGAGAGAACCGAUAUUUGGCGUCGUGUGGAACGAAGCAGUGGAAGGUUCUACCGGCGUAUUGUGCUGCCGGAGGGUGCCGAUGUGGAUAAGGUGAGGGCAGAAAUGAAUAACGGAGUACUGACAGUGACUGUGCCUAAAUACCAAUUCAAGAAGCCCAUGGCCAGAGUUGUCCAGAUUUCUGGCCAUUGAAACCCUUCAGAGGUAUAGUCCUACACUGCAGCUGAAAGAGAUGAAGCAUAUUAUAAAAUUAAAUAAUCAGGGUUUUAUUUUACAGUAUGAAAUAAGAAAUAUAUAUAUAUAUAUAUAAUAAAAUGAAUACCACUAUGUUUUGCUUCUUGGAAAAUAAUAAAAUUUUUAUUAUGUUGCUCUUGGCUUACAAAAGAGCGUUUUCAAUAAUAAAAGAAUAUGUGACGCUUAAGAUAUGCUUUGGCCUGUUACAUAGCUUUUGUAAGUUUGAAUAGAAUUUAGUAAAGUAAUUUAAUCAUGCAUUUGUAACCGCCCACAAAUUUAUAAAAGAGGAAAUUUCAAAUCUUU